AGUUAGCGCGCAUGUAUCCCGAACCGAACACGUCUAAACAAACAAGCCGGCCUAAAUAAACUUUGCACAAAGGAAUGUUAGUUGUGGAAGUGAUGUACGAUAGUUUUUCAGUGUGGUGUCGUGAUAGCUAUUGUAUUGAGUUCUGUUCUGUUCUACAAAACAAAAAAGAACUGCGGUUUUAUGUCCAGCGCUUAAGUGUUAAAAUCUCUUAAAUCUGAUUGAACCUGAUUAAAAUAAAAAACAAGUACAAUAUACGUAAUUACUUGCACUUUUUAACUAGGAAGUGACCUUGUUCUUAGUAAAGCGAGUGCGUAGGUCGAUAUUAAAUGCUCAUGUUUAAAAUGAAUCAUCAUUAAACAAUACCGUGGGGAUUUUUAUAACCUCACUAAAUAUUGUUAACCUGAAUGUAGGUAAUGCAGUAAGUGUUUCGUCACAGCCAAUAGGUACUUGCGUUUCAUAUAACACCAGUAGGUACCCAGUUCAACUUUGUUAUCUCGCCACAUCGUACAUGUGAUAAAACAGGUGCGAUAUUAUAAAAUACUUUUGUCGAUCGGAGUUUUGUACCUUUGUUUAUUCACUGAUAAAGCCGGGUAGUAUUCUGCGCACGUUACGUGCCAUGAACGGGCAUUUACAUUCUUAUCGCAGACUCGACCACGUGCUCAUCGCGCUUGGGAGACAGCUCGGAUGGAAGCAGUGACGUCACGCACGUGAAAUAUGUAAUGCUAAAACCAAAUAGUUCGUUAAUGGUGAACAGUGGUGUGUGUGUGCGCAGUGCGUUGUACCGCUGGCGGGUCGAUAUGUUGUUGGAUGGUGGCUGGAUAUCGAGAGGGCCUGUACAACGGAGUCACUUAGGUCCUUGCGGAGUUCCAUGUUGGCGUGGGGCAGGGGCUCCGCGGGGACGUCGAAACCCGUGCCUCCGCGCCCCCCGCCCCGCCAGCCUCAUGACCGGCACGAUGACAGCGAGGAAGCUGUCAGCGACCGGGACACCGAAGGCCCGGUGCUCCCGGGCACCACCGCCCUGGCUCGAAGACGAUACGCCAUAAAAAUCAAAAGAAAAUCAAAGAUCACCUAUAGAGUACUAAGACGCCCUGGUGAUGCGGGUGCACGCGUACUUCGUUCAACUCCAGACUGGGGUGACGCAGCUAUUAGUGGUGAGCACCUCUGGUCGCCCACCUCGGUCUCUGGAGACUGUUGCUACGUGGGCGAUGCCGAAUGCCAGAAACACGGUUCCAGGAUGAAGUGUUCAGCGUGCAAGAUCGUUGCUCACACAGCCUGCAUUGACAUCCUGAUGGAUCGCGUGCAGUUCACAUGCAAACCCACCUUCCGAGACGUCGGCAUAAGGCAGUACCGCGAACAGACAAUAACCCACCACCACUGGGUGCAUCGCCGCUCUGAAAAGGGCAAAUGCAAGGCUUGCGGCAAGUCGUUGCAAGCGAAGCUGUCGUUUAGUUCGAAGGAAAUCGUAGCGCUGAGCUGCUCGUGGUGUAAGGAUGCUUACCACAACAAAGAUAGUUGCUUCAACUUGCAGCGAAUAGGGGAGGAAUGUUCACUCGGAUCUCAAUCAAAUAUAAUAGUACCGCCGUCCUGGAUCGUGAAACUACCGAGAAGAGGUAGUUUCAAAUCUUCAUUAAGAAAAUCACCUAAAAAGAAGAAUGCUUCAAAAAAGAAAGGAAAAGAUUCAAAGAACGAACAAAAGACUUUUGUGAUAAAACCUAUUCCUACGUCUAGUGUAAAGCCAGUGCUUGUGUUCAUAAAUCCGAAGAGUGGUGGCAAUCAAGGGGCCAAACUGCUGCAGAAAUUUCAAUGGCUUCUAAAUCCGAGGCAGGUCUUCGAUCUCACGCAAGGAGGUCCUGGUCCUGGAUUAGAGUUAUUCCGUAAAGUGCCUAAUCUGCGCGUACUGGCGUGUGGCGGCGACGGUACAGUCGGCUGGGUGUUGAGCGUGCUCGAUCGCAUCGGAUCGCGGCCCGCGGUCGGCGUACUACCGCUCGGCACCGGCAACGAUUUAGCCCGAGCGCUUGGAUGGGGCGGUGGCUAUGAAGACGAGCCAAUCUCGAAGAUCUUGGCGAAUAUCGGUGAAAGCGACACGGUGCUGCUGGACAGGUGGCAGUUGACAGUAGAGCCGAACACGGCAGCCGCUGGCGAGGACACCAGCAACGCCAAGCCUGAGUUACCGCUGAACGUUGUGAACAAUUACUUUUCCUUCGGAGUGGAUGCUCAUAUAGCACUGGAAUUCCAUGAGGCGCGAGAGGCACAUCCAGAGAAAUUUAACUCUCGUAUUAGAAACAAGUUGUUCUACGGCACCGCUGGCGGAAAAGACUUGAUGCAGCGCAAGUGGAAAGGUUUGGCUGACUUUGUCACCAUGGAGUGCGAUGGCAAGGACCUUACGCCGGUGCUUCGCGAGCAUAAAGUUCAUGCUAUAGUUUUUUUAAACAUUCCAAGCUACGGGGGUGGCACCCACCCGUGGAACAAAUCAGGAGGGGCUGUAGAACCCUCCACCGAAGAUGGCCUUAUAGAAGUAGUAGGAUUAACCACAUAUCAAUUGCCUUUACUGCAAGCUGGGGGCCACGGCACUUGCAUCACUCAAUGCAAAACAGCGAAGAUCGUGACCACUAAAGUGAUCCCGAUGCAGGUGGACGGCGAGGCCUGCAGACUCGCGCCGUCCAUCAUCACUCUGUCUAGGCUCAACCAGGCGACUAUGCUCGCUAAAAAGAAACCCGGCAGGGUGAUUGCGCCACAAACGACGGUGGACAAAUUAUCUCUUACAGUGAAUCUCAUCACUAUGGCUGAUUACGAAAGACAUCAUUACGAUAAGGAACUGUUAGCGAAAACAGCGGAACGCGUUGGCACUUUAGAGGUUAACCCGGCAGCUGACUUGGAGCAAAUGCGCGCCCUCAUACAAAACAUGAUCAAAGAAUCUCAAGCAUACUCGAACAUUGUCGAUUGGUGGUUCGUGGACUCGGUAACAGCAGAGCGAUUCUUCCGUAUCGACAAAGCUCAAGAGAACCUCCACUACCCGACGGACAUCGGCCACGAGAACAUCUAUAUACUGGACGCGGCACCACUCACACCAGACACAGAGUCUACCGCACACCCAGACACAACCGCCACCGCGUCGCUAGACCGCACAGGCCCAUCUGUCUCGCUCGACACCACCACAGGAUUGUCUGUCUCACUCGACAUCUCACAAAGUGUCGACACGCCGAGCGCUGGAGUAUCGCUUGAUGUACCCGAAUCUCAUGCCAGUGAAUCAGGAUUGGGCAGCCCAGCGCGAACAUCUGAGGAGCUACUCACACCCCAGACACCACCUCCGGUACCAAUGCGUGCCCCAACACCGCCGAGCAGGACACCAGUCCCAGUAACGCCUAAAACCCAACCGGCGUCUCCUAAAAUAACUACACAAGAAUCUAACUCACCGCCGCUCUGCACAAGUCCACCAGCAAAGGAGCACCAAGCGACUCACGACUCGAUUGUACGAUUCAAAACAAAUUUACUUGAAAAAACAUCUGACACUCUAUUGAAAGCGGCCAAAGUAGGUGACUUGAAAAUGAUGAAAGAACUGCACGCGGCGGGUUAUUCACUAUUAUCGAUCGACGCGAGCGGGCAAACCGCCCUUCAUAUCGCUGCUAGAUAUGGCAACAAGGAGAUCGUCAAGUACCUGAUAGCGUGUGCGCCAACCGCUAUAUUGAACAUGAGGGACAAUGAACGUGGACAAACGGCUCUACAUAAAGCCGCCGCACACAAGCGACGUGCGAUCUGCUGUAUGCUGGUCGCCGGUGGCGCCUCACUCACCAGGCAAGAUCACGCCGGUCUCACUCCACGUCAUCUAGCACUUAGAGCCGAGGACCACGACCUGGCAGCGUAUUUAGAGAGUCAAGAGCAUUUCCAAUUAGUCUCCGAAGACUUAGAAACUGCUGUUUGAAGAAAAAGUCGCUAAGAGACUUCAUCGAGAAAAAAUUGACUUAAGGCGAGUACACCAUAGGGAUAAAUUAUAAGGUUUUACUGGACUUAUACUCCUACACCAAAGUGAUAUUCAUAAUGCCUAUCUUGUGACUGUUUUCCAUUUAAUAAAUCAUAAUAUUGUAAUUUAAUUCUAAAUUAAUUAUAUAAUAUAGGUAUCGAAUAUAAUUAGCCUUUAAAUAUUACGAAACUUAUUAUUGUAAAAUUAUCGCAUUAUUUAACUGAUUUGACGAUAUUACUAUAUUAAUUAGAAACAUUUAACAGUCUCUUAGGGUGAUAUGGGGAUCGAUUUUUUAAUCCUCAAAUAUCUACUUAUCUUUCCCAAUCAAAUAAAAAUCACAUCCACAUACUGAUUCCUCUUCUUUUCUAUUAAUAACUAUAUUUUGU